GCCGCCUUCCUCAACUCCUCCACCUCGCGCUGGGAGGCGGUGUACGAGCCCUGGCCGCUGCGCCUGGAGGUGGUGGACGUCGUGUCCCCGCUCUACCUCUCCGACCGCCGCACCAACCUCUGGGUCACCUCCGACCAGCACCUGGACGCGGCCUUCAACCCCGCCAGCCUCAUGUCUUUUGGCGACGCGCUGGCGUUUUACAAUACGCUCCUCAGGCCCGAGCCGGAGCCGGAGGGUGAGCCGCGACUUGGGCGGAGCGGGGUGUUGGGGGGGCCGGGGAGGGGUUUUGGAGCCAGGGAGCCAGGGAGUGGCGUGCUGCAGGGGGUGCAGGUGGUCGGUGAAGGGGGGAUGGGGGGGGAGGCGGUCGUAGCGGGGCUUGAGGGUAAGAGUGCCCUGCACCCAGGCCUCACCGGUGCACACUCUACACCGUGCCACGUCGCGCCGUCUGCGAUGGAGGGCCAGGGACCCAGCCCUGCCAACCCUCCAUGCGCCCUCCUCCUAUUGCAACGACAACACACACGCUCACCCCCCGUCCCGGGCCCCCCGUCCCCCUACAGACUGGGAGUCUGGCAGCCCAGCGCCGAUGCCGGCCCACCCACUCCAUCACAAGGACGUCGACCCGCGGCAGGAGGCCCGCGCCGCGCGCCCCCGGCCGCCGCCCGCGGCCGCGGCGGCGGCCCCCGCCCGCGCCACCCCUCCCGCCGGCAGCGGCCCGGCGGCCAUCAUGUCGCUGGCGCCCCAGAAGUACCUGAUCCAGAACCAGAGCGGGCUGCGCGUGUACUACUGGGCCGACGGCCCACGCGGCGGCGUGCGCUCGCCCGUCUUCUCCCUGCCCAACGGCGGCAGCGAGAACCUGCGCGUUCUCCCGGCGCCCAAGCGCCUGCACUUCGCGCACAACCGCCGCACAUGGGCAGUGCCUACUCUACGAUAUCGACCGAUGUGUUUGCCAGGUUCCAGGCAAGGCAUUGCGUUGGGAUGCAAGGACGAAGGGUGAGGUUUGUCGUGGGCACCGACGAGCAUGGGGAGAAGAUUGCUGCCGCCGCCGCCGCGCGUGGACUGGAGCCCCAAGCCCACUGCGACGACAUAGUCGCCAGCUACACCAAGCUGUGGGCAGAUCUCGGCAUCUCCUACGAUGUCUUUGUGAGGACCACCCAGCCGGCGCAUGCGGAGGUGGUGGCCCAAGUACUGGAGCGGGUGUGGGACAACGACGUCUACAAGGCGGCCUACAGCGGGUGGUACUGCGUUGGCUGCGAGGAGUACAAGGACGAGCUGGAGCUGGGUCCAAAUCACACCUGCACGACCCACCAGACACUGUGCCAGCACAGGGAGGAGGACAACUACUUCUUUGCACUGUCCAACUACCAGCAGCAGCUUGAGGACUUCCUGGAGACACACCCAGACUUUGUGCAGCCCGCCUCGGCCAGGAACGAGGUCCUGGCCUGGGUGAAAUCUGGCCUGCGCGACUUCUCCAUCUCCCGGUCUGCGGUGUCCUGGGGAAUCCCUGUGCCCCUAGACCCGAGCCACACGGUGUACGUCUGGUUUGACGCGCUGGUGGGCUACCUCACCGCCCUGCUCCAGACGCCACCUGGGGGUGUGUCGCUCGGUGCGACUGGCGGGGCACCGCCUGACACGGCGCGUCCCAAGGGCGAGACGCCGGGCUCCCCCCGCCUGGACGACCUGCCCCGGCACGGCUGGCCGGCUGCCGCCCACAUCAUUGGCAAGGACAUCCUGCGCUUCCAUGCCGUCUACUGGCCCGCCAUGCUCAUGGCCGCAGGUCUGCCCCUGCCCGGCCGCGUGUUUGGCCACGGUUUCCUCACCAAAGACGGCAGGAAAAUGGGCAAGUCCCUGGGCAACGUGUUGGAUCCACGGGCUCUGGUGGAUGCCUACGGCGCUGACGCCGUGCGCUUCUUCUUCAUGCGCGAGAUCGCGUUUGGCGCCGACGGCGACUUCAGCGAGGCGCGGUUCCAGGCCACGGUGAACGCAGGCCUGGCCAACGACCUGGGCAACCUGCUGAAGCGCACGCUGGGCAUGCUGCACGCCAACGUUGGGGACAGACUGCCGUGCGGCGCAGGCGAGGCAGGGCCCCACGCCGCCUGCGAGGCGGCGCUGGCCGUCAGCGGCGACGCCAACCUCCUCCUGUCGGAGCUGCAGCCCUGGACCGCCCUCAAAAAGGCAGGGCUUUGGCUUUGUGGAUUGUGUGGGACGGAGGAGGAAAAGGCCGCCGCCAUCACGGUGCUGGUGGCGGUGCUGGAGGCGGUACGCAUCGUGGCCGUACUGCUGAGCCCCGUCACGCCCAGCCUCUCACAUGCCAUCCUGCGCCAGCUGGGGCAGGAGGCGGCUGCUGCGGGGCAGCCAGCCUGGAGUGACGCCGCCUGGGGAAAGUUGCAGGCCGGCACGCGCCUUCCGCCGCCGGAGCUGGUCUUCGCGCGCAUCGCCCGGGAGUUUGUCACAGAGCCGGCGGCGGGCGCGGCCGCGGCGCCGACCAAGGGCGCCAAGCGCAAGGCCCAGAAGGUGGCGUCCUGA